CAGGAUAUACACUCUUGAGGAAAAUGCACUAUUGAUGAAGAAAUAGAUAAUGAGAGAAAAUUAGGGAAUGGCUUUCCUGCAGCUGGAGUAACCAGGAACUCUUUAAUAGUUCUGCCUAGACAACAUGGUCUAUCAUAAUGGGAAGAGAAGAUUUUCCGAAAGUGCUAAUUUUGUGUCCGACCAUUUCUUUUGGGUUAGAUGAUGACCAUCACUAGCUACUACAAAUCCCUACAGGUGUACUUUAUCAUAAAUAAGUCAGUGACAUUCUGUUUUAAGUAAAUGUUUUUUCUUUGUAAAAUCAUGAGUGUUGAGUAAAUGUCAUGUUUGAAUUUUACACCUUUUACAGAGUCCAUAUGACACUGAAAACUCAUUUCUUCAGAGAAGUUUAUUUAAGCUCAGUAGAUGUAUCAACAUAACUGUGACCACAGAUAUAACCAGUCUUUGGCUAUGGCUUCUAAAACUUUUAAAUUUUUGUCUUUCUUUUUUUAAAAUCUCAGACCUUAAGAUAGUUUUAUACAAAUGUAUAGCAAACAAAGGUAUGACAAAUCUGAAUAAUGUAUUCAAUAUAUGUUUAUAUAUUAAAAUCAUGUAAAUUAAAGCAUGUUUAUUUUACAUUGACAGUUGAUAAAUGAACUUUUACUUCAGCAUAUCUGUUUUCUAGGUUUGAAAUUUUAUGACAAGCAACCCCCCUAACCCUGAUAAUUUAAAGACUUUUGUUACUUAGAUUUUAAAUAACUCUGUGUUAAGUACUGAGUGCUUCUUAAGGAACUCAGUGUGUUUCCAUGUGACUAAAGUGAUUUACCUAAGAAAUAUAUCUGAACCAGAGUGGUCUUUAUUGAUCACAGACAUUUGUAUUAACAUUUCACUUAAAUCACUAUUAAUAAUAGCCUAAGUAAUAGUUUGGCUUAUUAACAAUGAUGAACUUUUUUUUUAAAGUAGAGGUAUUUGGUAGGAGAGAAGAUAAUAUACUAACUUUUAAAAAUUUGUUAUACAGGAUUAGCGGAACCGUUCUUUGUUGCCAAACAUGAAGAUAGUUUGCUUAAGGAUUUAUUUCAAGACUAUGAAAGAUGGGUUCGUCCUGUGGAACACUUGAAUGACAAAAUAAAGAUAAAAUUUGGCCUCGCAAUAUCUCAAUUAGUGGAUGUGGAUGAGAAAAAUCAGUUAAUGACAACGAAUGUCUGGUUGAAACAGGAGUGGAGAGAUGUAAAAUUAAGGUGGAACCCUGAUGACUAUGGUGGGAUAAGAGUUAUACGUGUCCCUUCAGAGUCUCUCUGGACCCCAGACAUUGUUUUGUUUGAUAACGCAGAUGGACGUUUUGAAGGAGCCAGCACGAAAACAGUGGUCAGGCAUGACGGCACCGUUACGUGGACUCCACCGGCAAACUACAAAAGUUCCUGUACCAUAGAUGUCACGUUUUUCCCAUUUGAUCUCCAAAACUGUUCCAUGAAAUUUGGUUCUUGGACUUAUGAUGGAUCACAGGUUGACAUAAUCUUAGAGGACCAAGACGUAGACAAGAGAGAUUUCUUUGACAAUGGAGAAUGGGAAAUUGUGAGUGCAACGGGCAGCAAGGGAAACAGAACCGACAACUGCUGCUGGUACCCUUACGUCACUUACUCCUUUGUGAUUAAGCGUCUGCCUCUCUUUUAUACCUUGUUCCUUAUUAUCCCCUGUAUCGGGCUCUCGUUUUUAACUGUACUCGUCUUCUAUCUUCCUUCAAAUGAAGGGGAAAAGAUUUGUCUCUGCACUUCAGUCCUUGUCUCUUUGACUGUAUUCCUUCUGGUUAUUGAAGAGAUCAUACCCUCAUCUUCAAAAGUAAUACCUCUGAUUGGGGAGUAUCUGGUGUUUACCAUGAUUUUCGUGACACUGUCGAUUAUGGUGACUGUCUUUGCCAUCAACAUCCACCAUCGUUCUACCUCAACACAUAACGCUAUGGCUCCGUGGGUCCGCAAGAUAUUUCUCCACAAGCUUCCAAAGCUGCUCUGCAUGAGAAGUCACGCAGACAGGUACUUCACCCAGAAGGAGGAAGCCCAGAGCGGCAGGGAACCAAAAUCUUCUAGAAACACAUUGGAAGCUGCGCUCGAUUCUAUUCGAUAUAUUACAAGACAUGUCGUGAAGGAGCACGAUGUUCGUGAGGUUGUUGAAGAUUGGAAGUUCAUAGCCCAGGUUCUUGAUCGGCUAUUUCUGUGGACUUUUCUUCUGGUUUCAAUUAUUGGCUCUCUUGGGCUUUUCGUUCCUGUUAUUUAUAAAUGGGCAAAUAUAAUAGUUCCAGUUCAAAUAGGAAAUGCAAAUAAGUGAUGCUUCCCUAGGGGCUGAGUAGGAAUUUAGUUACCAAAAGACCUAUGUACCUUAUGGCACCUAUAGAAUUAUGAAAAUGUCAACUGUGUUUAAAAUUUCAUGCAAGUUUUAACAGAUGAACAGUUGCUAAUAUCAGUUUAUCUUAAUAGAUUUGUCCUUUAGAAAAGCCAUCUGCAUGACUGAAUAACAUUUGACCUUCUAAAAAUAGCAGCAAAAUAUUCUCUGACCUGUACUAGUAAAAAUCUAAUGUUUGUA